AUUAGUUUUAAGAAUCGAGAAGUUUGAUUUAACUGAAAUGAAAUGAUUAAUCAGUCAGUGAAUCCAUGUCUUAUAAUCUUGGCUGAGACAACUAGCUUACGGUCAUACAAUAUGCCAUUAGUUUUCCAGUAACGUAGAGAAGGUUAUCAAGAAGGCUUUUUUUAUUCCAACGUUGGUUGCCAGGUUACGUCGUCUACGCCGUACGUACUUUGCGUUGAGUAGGAGCUACCGCGUUAACGCCCACUUGAGGUAUUGCUCUUUUUUCUCUCUGCGGAGAGACCGCUCCAUUCAUAGGGUUGGGCAGGCGGGCAGCAGAAAACGAAGAGUGGAAGAAACACCAUCGGUGGAACCGAAAGGAUGGUCUCGCGUUGAGCCCACCAGGCCCCCUUAAUCCGCGAAAUUUUCGCUGGCCAUUUUCCCUUCCAUUAGGACAUACCCCGAAUUUAAACCGACACCUUCUCUUCAGGAAUGGGACUCAAGUGUCUCGGCUGAAUGCUGGCGUUCCCAUCCUUGUUUUUUGCAACCUGCCGCGGAAAUAGACUGACUUCCUCGUCGCCUGUUCAUCUGCUGCAGCCGCAGACCUAGCGCUCGAUUCGACUCAUUUUAGCCCAGACCGUCCACGGACUCGCUGGCUCAGGCAUCUGGACACAUCGGGGCUGGUCAGUCGUCGUUGGAAAAAAGCAAAACGUGCCUGUGUGUGCUUUUGCUGCCUGUAUGAUGCCGACACAUUUGCGUUUCCGGAGAAGGUCAUUCCUUGGGCUUUUAUUCCUUUUUUCGCUCUCCACCUCGGUACUAUAUUUCAUCUACUCCGCCCCCGGAAUCGUGAAUGAGUAUGUAUUCAUGGUCCAAGCCAGAGGCAUCCAGAUUAGAGAAAACGUGAGGAACAUAGGGGCUCAGGUCCUGGAGCAAGUUGUGAGAGGGGCCUACAGCAUCAAUGGCACAGAUUAUUCCUAUGACUUCAACGAGAGCGAGAGCGAUGCUCCUCCCACCACUUACCUCCCUGAGGGUUUCACAUACCUCCCUUCGCAGGUUUGCCCUGAGAAGCUGCCCUCUAUGAAGGGCAGGCUGGAGGUGAACAUGAGUGAAAUAUCUCUGGAGGAGGUGGAGAGGUCCUUGCUGGAGCGAGAGCCCACCAUGGCUCUGGGAGGCUUCUGGAAGCCCAAAGACUGUUUACCUCGCUGGAAGGUGGCAAUCCUCGUUCCAUUCAGGAAUCGUCACGAACACUUGCCCAUCCUACUGAGACACCUGGUGCCUGUGCUGCAGAAGCAGAGACUCCAGUUUGCCUUAUAUGUCAUUGAGCAGGGAGGAACAGAACCAUUUAACCGAGCCAUGCUGUUCAACGUGGGCUUUAAGGAGGCCAUAAAGGACCUGGACUGGGACUGCCUGAUCUUCCAUGACGUGGACCACCUCAUGGAGAACGACCGGAACUACUACGGCUGCACGGACAUGCCCCGACAUUUUGCGGUCAAACUUGACAAGUACUCCUACAUGCUUCCAUAUAAUGAGUUCUUUGGUGGUGUCAGUGGCCUGAUGGUGAAGCAGUUCAAAAGAAUUAAUGGAUUUCCCAAUGCGUUCUGGGGCUGGGGAGGCGAGGACGAUGACCUCUGGAACAGGGUGCAGUUUGCCAAUUACAGUGUAAGCAGACCGCAUGGAGACCUGGGACGCUACAUGUCUAUCCCGCAUCACCAUCGUGGAGAAGCCCAGUUCCUGGGAAGGUAUAGUCUACUACGUCACUCAAAGGAGAGACAGAAAGUGGAUGGUCUUAAUAACCUAAACUAUUCACCCCUAAUUUCAAGAAGUCGACUCUUCACCAAUAUCACAGUCAGCUUGAGCAGAAAGCUUGCACCUGUGGCUGACUACUGACGUAGGCAGAGCUGGACUGCAAAAACACCUGGGAAUCAAAAGUCCUUUAGGACAUCAGCCAUAUCUCACCAGUCGCAGCACUGCUUAGGACUUAGUUUUUUUUUUGUUGUUGUUGUUGUUUUUUGUUUUGUUGUGUUUCGUUUUGUUUUGCUUUGUGUUUGUUUGUAUGUAAAAACAGAAAAAACUGAAAUGGAGACUCAAAUUAGCAGAUUUGAUAAAUCAUCUAAAAAAAAAAAAAAAAAAAAAAAAAAAAAAAAAAAGAAGGGAUAAAUGCUGCACUUAUUCGUGCCACAGUUCAUUACUCUUCAUCUGGGCUUGUGUACACGUCAGUCUCCACAUGCCUUUUGCACCAUUUUGGCCUUCAGCAUCCCAUUUGUCAAGUUUGUUCCUUAUUUUCUCUUUUGAUUAGCUCCCCCCUGAGCUGUUGUGCUUGACUACGGAAUUAGGUUACACAUUCAAGCACGUGCACGCACGCACGCACACACACACACACACACACACACACUGGUCACACAUGUACGCACACAGGAUUCUGUACUUGCAUGUGCUGACAUGGGGGUGGGAGGGGGCGCUGGAGCUUAGGUCUUUGAUUUCAGUUUUGCUCUUCUGAUUUCAUAAAUGCAGUAAGCCUGUGAAAACAUUUGCAUGUGCACACAACCCUUACAGCGCCACACAGCAACUUCAGUUGAGUGGAUUCAUGCAGCUGGUUCUGCAAUAGGAAUGCCAAAUCUACAAGUAAAGAUAGAUAGAGAAGAUGAUAUAUUGUGCGAGAAAUAGUUUAUUCCAAGUUAAAAAAAAAAAAAAAAGAAAAAAAAAAAAACAAUUAUUUCCUUAAUCAUUCGUAUUCCGUCUUGUGAACAUACCAUUUAAAGACUGUGACGUUUGUGUUUGCAUUGUUUCACUGAAUGUUCUGGCUGCCUGCUAGUGGCUGUAUGUUGGAGUGCAAUGCUCAUCCUGUUAGCAAUAAGCUGUAAUAUCAGACAGCAGAACUUAGCCCUGACUUCCUUAUUGUACAGAUGCAAUAGCAUGGGUGCUAGCAUUCCCUUGUUGGACUAAAGAAAAGGUGUGACUGCGUAUGCAAACCUUAAAUUGAGCUCAGCUUUGCUUAAGCAAAACGUGGCGCCCCCUUGUUUUUUUUUUUUUUUUGCUUUUUUUUUUUUCCUCUUUUUCCCAGAACUCGCGUCUAUCUUGUGUCUACAUCUGUGUGCGAGUGAGGGCAAGCUAUGCAAAUGGCCUGCAUGCAUCUGGUCGCCAGGGAAGGAGGAGACGUCGUCUCCCAACUCUUCUCUGGCCGACUUUAGACCUCACUCUGCGUGCAGCAUGUAAAUCUAGGUCAGAAAGAAAUAGGUGCAGGUGUAUUUUUAGACCCCCUACGUUCUUAAUGUUUACUCACUUUCAAUUUUUUUUUUUUUUUACAACAUAAAACUGGAGCUUGCAGAUACUUGACUUGUGUCACCAUCACUGGUGUUUACAGAAUCUCGAGCUUGUCUUGUGUUUGUAGCCAGCCUUCCUCCACCUAGGGUGCUGCAAACAUCUUAAUCUGUUCAGCAACCCUUUUGCAGCUGCCUUUUUUGUUAAAUUGACCCUUAUUUCCUCACAUAGGUGGGGAAAAAAAAAAGAUUAUCUGAUUGGGGGGGAAAAAAAAAAGACGAUCUGAAUGACGGUGUCAUGUGAUUACUACUGAUUGGCUUCGUGUCCGAGCUUUUCUUCGUCUAAAUCAAACGUUGAAGUGUUGAUCUAUGUAGAGAUUUUUAUUUUAUUUUGGAGAGGCAUGCUACCUGACACUGUGCUAUGACACACACUGACAGUCCUCUCAAAAUACACAGCAGCUCCUCUCUGUUUGUUUAACAGUGUUCGUUUUUGGGGGUCAAACAUCCCCAAACCAAUGUAGUUCCAUUUUUGAAGAUAUCACACAGACAUAUAUUCCUCACUGUCUUCUUGUCAUGCAGCUACAUCAUUUCACACAAAUCGCCUUGUAUACAUUUCUAAACAUGUUUCUCCUAGGAGGCAUGUACGUAAUCGAGAAAAAAAAAAAAAUGUUGGAUUUCAACGAUAAAAUACAAACUAAAAGGGGCUGGCCCUCUUGUCUAUUUAUUUGACGAAAUACUUACUUUUAAUUGUUCAGUUUUUAUUUUUCUUGCGGGUUGACGUGAUGACUUAGGAAGUGACAGACUGUGUUAGAUGCACUGAAUCAUAGCUGUGUGUAGUAGUGUGGGAUUCUGAGGUUCGGUUCUGUGUAAAUGGGGGCAGUUCCGUUUCAUUCAGACACGGAUCUUAUUUCUCUUCAGCGGCGGCGCCACUUGCGCCGUCGCUAAAGAGAUGAAAUGAAAUGGAAUGGCACCCAUACUGUAGCUUGGUGUUAUUACUCUUCUGAGCAGAGGCGUUGGAGGAGGCCAUUUUGUGUGAUAACCACAGGAAGAGCAAGACAGAGUUAAAAAAAAAAAAAAUGCUAGUGGCCACUUUCUUUCACUGAUCACCUCCAUUACACUGAUGAUAAUCAAUGGUACUGACCUGCCGCAGCUCCCUUUGGAGGACGUACUUACUGGAGCCAAUUUUACCGGGACGCGAUGUGAUAUUGAGAGGCAAAAAAAACAUUAUCCAGACUUCUGGCUCUUUCAUUUCAUCUAUCCAUCAUGUGGGCUAGAUACUAUUAUGAUAUCAUUCAGUGAAUUUAUUCAUCCUGCCACAUUAAACUAACCCAUGUGUGAAUUGUUAUGCUAGCAGAUCUCAGUAGUGCUUACACCCCUGUUCAAAUACCAGGUUUCUGUUGGUUAAGACAAUGAGGCAUUGUAAAUUUCUUUACUAAAAAAAAAAACAGAGGAGGAUGUCGCAUCUUAAUUUGCUCCAAAUCUAUAAAUUAGUCAGAUUGUGAGGACAUUUCUUAUCCAUGUUCCGGUGAUCCCUUAUAUUUUCUGUUACGCUUACAGUAGUUGUGGAUUUGGCCAUUCAAAAACUUCUAGUGAGGUGUUUUUCCUAUUGGUUUUGGAGUACGCUGUAGGAAAAAUUAAAUCUUUCCUCAUCUUCUGCUUUAUAGCAGACAAAAUCAAUCCCAAACUAUGAAUCAUGUUUUCAUCCACCUUUGCCACACUGUGCUUCAGUGUGGCGGUGUGUAGUUUGUGGUUGUUCCAAAUAUCUUUAGCGGCACAACAGUCGAAGUUUUGAAUCAUGAAACAUUUUAGGAGACAUUAGCAUUAAAAAAAAAGAAAAACAAUGCACAUAUGGAGAAUACUCUUCUCACACGUGGAGAACAAGCAGUACCAGACAGAAAUUCCUGCAGCUCCUUCAGUGUUGCUGUCAGGCUAUUGGUAACCACAGCGACGAGUUACCAUCUUGGUAUGUCUUCGGUUUUGGAGGAAUAUCUAGAUUUUGUUACAUCUACCCCUUUAUUUUCUCCAAUCAGUGGAGACUUUUUUAGCAGGAGUACAUAUAAUAUGGAUGUCUUUCACCCUCCUUCUGACUGAGUUUUGGUUCUUUCUAACUUCUUCACAAGAAAUUGAAAAGCCAUCGCUCUUUUUAACUUAAAUCCCACAGAUGUAAAACAAUCCCAUCAGGACAUCUGGCCUCUGUUUUCACAUGAAUCAGAAUCACAAUAACCAAUGGCAGAUUUGAACCUAAAAAAGACCGAAUGCUGAAACUGAAUCAAAAGUAUGCUUCAUCAAAGUGUUGAAUUAAGGAUGCAAAGUUAAGUGAAAUCAGUUUUGCUUCCUGAAAUCACCGCAGCCUGGAAUUCUAACAGUGGUGUUUACACUUCAGAGACGAUCUGUGUGUUUAGAAAGAGCUGUGGCUCAUUCUCAGAAACGAAUCAUGCAAACCUCCUCGCUCCAGAUUACGGAGGUGCCCAGUGGAAGUCAGGGACAGUAGCAAGCAGUUGUGUUAAGUUUUCUUUUCCAUGUGUGUUUGAGUGAAAUGGCUAAACCUUUCAGAGGUGCAACCAUCCUCCAUAUGAACCUUCUUUUCAAUUUUUUUUUUUUCUUUUGUAUUUUUAUGUUUUGGAUUUUGUUUACCAGCACUGAUAUGAACAGUUGUUUUUAUUUCCUGGUAGUGAACAGCUGGCAAGUUCUCCGUAUAGUUCCUCACAUUUACAUGAUACGCUGUAUAUUAUCUCUAAACACAACUAUAUAUAUAUAUAUAUAUAUAUAUAUAUAUAUAUAUAUAUAUAUAUAUAUAAAACUUUCAUUGCUUUAAAUUAAAAUUAAAAGCUAAAUGGACAUAUAGCAAAAGCCAAAUGGUUUUCAGUGUGUGUGUUCAGGUGAAGAUUCAGACUGUGACAUCCUCGAUCUAAAGAGGCCCUCUGCGUUUUCAGAGUCAGUAUUAGGCUCUAUGUUCACCAUACAUGAUGAGCAGCCGCAUCAGCUCUACACUUUCCACACUUAUUUUCUUUGGAAACUACUGAACAGCUUUGGCCACUAGUUUACUCACCAGGGACUUGUGUUUGGAAUGGUAAAUAUUUGAUUCCAGUGUGAGGAGAGCAGGCGGAGACUCUCUCCCAAGAGGCUUCUUCAUAUCUUAAUCUCACCUGUCCCAAUCCGUUUUGUGCCAGUUUAAAUGAAGGGACCAUUCUUUGGGCAUCUGACAAGACUGGCAGCCUUAAAGCUUUUUAAUUUAUUGCAGUAGUUCUUUUUUUUGUUGUUGUUGUUUUGUUUUUCGUUCUGGUUUGUGUUUUUUCACUUGAGUUUUUAUUUUUUUUUAUAAAGCAAGAAUAUUUAAAUUGAAAAAGAAGUGCAUAUCAAGAAAAUGAUCAUUGUAAAUAUCGUUGUUGUGUGUAGUGUUUUAGAAAUUCUAUUAAGGUCUUAAAUCACUACAGAUGCUAGCAUAAAGAACAAGGCUUCAGGAGGGUGGGGGAGAGACGGGGGGUUGGCUCGGGGUUUAUCUGGUGCCAUUUAAGUGCUAGUGGAGCUUACACAUCAAUGUUUUUACAUCACUGCUUCCAAGCACAAGCUGUUUCUUUUCUUCUUUUUGAGAAAAAAAAAAAAUUCCAUAAGAUUUAAAAUUCCUCUCAUAAUCGCAGAGUUUUGCACUUCCAGUGUCUCCACCAUGCUUAGCUUGCUGUGGCAAACGGGAGAAGCGCAUCGUGUUGGAAAUCGGCACCGAUUCUCGCACGAGAAUGUCCGUGUGACAGCAUCUGAGUUUAGGUGGAGGUCACAGGAAAGCACUGCAAGAUGUUUUUUUUUUGUUUUUUUUAUUUAAGCCAAAAAUAAAUAAAUAAAUAAAUAAAAAAAAGAAGUCUUACAUCGCAAAGUAACAAAGGCACCCAAACCAGCGACACAAUCCACGCAAAAAUAAUCACAAAUAUUUUCUUUUUUGUAUUAACUAUUUAAGAAGAAAAGGAGACAAGAUAACUAAAAUAUCUUCAAAAAUAUUUAUUCUUUGAUUGUAAGGAGAGACCCGUCUCCUUGAAUUGAAGCCAUUCGAAGCCACUUGUCAAAACUUGAUGUCAGCCUUAUGUGGAUCUGUUUGUGUAUUGGCAUAUUAUCAUUUGAUUAUUGAAAUUUGUAUGAUGGAGAUUUUCUUUUAUACCAUCAUUGUUAUUGUCAGAAGUACACCAAUAAAAUGGAAACUUGUAAAGUC